UAUAGAUGUGUCCAUAAUGGCCAAGCCGAUCCAUCCUCCGUAAUAUUAAAAGGGGAAAGCUGCAAUUAUUUCCAAAUUAGAGAUUAAGAAUUCAUGGAAUUUUACACAUAUCCGUCUAAUCCUUUGCCCUCGUCUUCAUCUUCUUUGUUAUCAUUCGGGUAUUUCAUCGACAAAAUUAAACAAUGUUUCGGCUUCGCUCUUUCUGCAAUUGUCGGAAAUGUAUUCUCUGCAAUUUUCACCUUUUUCUUUGCCAUAGUUGGUACUUUAUUAGGAGCAAUGACUGGAGCUCUAAUCGGGCAAGAGACCGAAAGUGGGUUUGUUAGAGGGGCUGCUGUUGGUGCCAUCUCUGGUGCUGUUUUCUCAAUCGAGGUCUUUGAGUCUUCCCUGCUUUUAUGGCAAUCAGAUGAAUCUGGUGUUGGGUGCAUAUUGUAUUUGAUUGAUGUGAUUGUGAGCCUUUUAAGCGGUAGACUCGUCCGGGAGCGCAUUGGUCCAGCUAUGCUUAGUGCUGUGCAAAGUCAGAUGGGAGCUGUGGAAACAACGACCUUUGAAGAGGUCGCAAACAUUUUUGACACAGGUGGAUCUAAGGGUUUGGCUGGAGACACAGUCGAAAGGAUCCCAAAGAUUACAAUUGGUAAAGAUGAAAAUGUUGAUGCUUCUGGGGAGAGAGUCUCUUGUUCAGUCUGUCUCCAGGACUUCCAGGUCGGGGAAAUUGUUCGAUGUUUGCCUCAGUGCCACCACAUGUUUCACCUACCUUGCAUUGAUACCUGGCUGCUUAGACAUGGAUCUUGCCCAAUGUGCAGGAGGGACUUGUAAUCUUCACUUCUCUGUAAAUUAUAUAUACAUAAAAUGCUACUUUGAUUUCAUCAUACCUACAUCUAGGGUUUCUUUAUUUGUUAGAUAUACCCGCAAUUACACAAAUUUUCCACGUAGCUAUAUGUAAUUUAGAUUUGAGCUUGAGUAAUUGAGUUUAUUCAUUGUACUUGGAUCACAUUCUGUAUAGUGAAUUUUGGGAUAUUAGAGGGAUUUUUAUUCUUAUAAGA